ACUUCACUUUAUUUAUUCUUUUUCAAGUUUAAAAGCUAUCAAUUGAUUUUAUACCAUAUCCUCGAUGAAGAAGACCGCUCAACUGUUCACCGUUAUGCUCAUCUUCACCAUUCUCGUCCUAGGAGUGGUGGCAGAUGAAGGGUUAGGAAAAAAGAAACAAUGUCAUGAAGUUCUAAAAAAAUCAGGUUGUGUUGACAAAGAGUGUCAGUCUAUGUGUAAGAAGAAGCAGCCGAAAGGAGUUGGUUAUUGCACUCCUUCUAAGAAGUGUUUCUGUUAUUUCCAUUGCCCCUAAUUAAAAUAAUUUUUAUGAUUUACAAAUAAUUAGAGACUUAA